AUUGACGGAAACUUGCUCCGAUGAUGCAUGCAUGUCAGAGGGCAAAAAGGCACAGUUUACUGUUGUGGUCUUACAAGUCAACAGCGAGCGGAGACAAACUGAGAAGAUAAAUUCAAAUGAAUCAACCAAAACUGAAAAGUCUAUUCCUAGACUGAAGUUCAGGAAACGCCAUAAAAAGGGCUCUGAUAUUACAGUAAAACCAUAUAAAGGGGACACCAUCGAGGACCUAUUAAAAUCGGUUGAAGAGACGGAAAACAUCAUGAAGUGCAAUGUGGAAACUAUGAUAAACGAACGAGAAAAACGACUGGACCAAAUGCUCGAAGCAUCGGAAAACUUGGAGGAGGCAGCAGAAAAGUUUCAAGUUCAAGCUAAUAAAGUCAAGAAAAAAUACAUGUGUAAAUAUUAUUGUCCAUGUUGCUAUUGUUGUGUUGGAUGUUGCUUGAAUACGAAAAAGCCAAAAUGAUCAUUUUCACGUUUUGAUACUUGCAAGCAUUCCUUAUAUCUCAACACGGAUUUAAUAAUUGAUGAAAGCUAUGCAAUACAUCCCAACAUAACUAUUUUACCAUACUAAUAUUAAUCUUUCGUCUGAAUGAAUUACUUGAAAAAUACGAAGUUCUCUGCUUGUUUUAAUUUAAAAAUAAAAGUCUGUUUAUGAACAUGUGGUCUGUUUCAAAACAACUUAUU